AUGUGGUCAGUUACUUUCAAAGUGCUGCUGCUGCUCUGCUGUGGCAUGCAACAGCUGAGGCCAACGGCAGCCUCUCGCACAGCACGCCUAAUGCAAUUCCUCAAUGAGCCACAGCAUAAUCGGCGCGUAGGCGGUAUACAAGUGCAAUUCCCAGGCUUGAGGGCACGUGCUGAUCAUCCUUUUCCGCGCGCUCCUUAUAGAGCACCGCUGCCACGUGGCAGGUAUCCACCAGGGCCAGUAACAGGACCCAUACGUCGCGAGUACACUACAAAUUGGAAUCAAAAUGGCGUCUUGCAAGCUGCCCGCUUUGCCCAUGCCAAAGAUGGUCCUGUGCUGGAUGUGGGCAAAAAUCAGUUUUAUCAUCAAAAAGAGCCACAAAAUUACAACUAUCAGCCAAAUCAGUACAGACCAAGCCUUAAGCCAGCGCCGAAUUUCAAUGGCAACUUUGCGGUGAAACCUGAGCCCGCGCAGAAGUUUCCAGGCUAUGCUCCCAUACAACAGUACGCUAUACCCGUGGAGGCUGCCAAAUAUCUAACUAGUUACACCGAUGUGCCGCCACAACAACAGCAACAACAGCAGCAACAAGCUCCAGUGGGGUCCAAUAGCUACGCAGUGCACGAAGAGGCUGAAGGCCUGGCUAAGAAUGCUGUCUAUCAACCGACAUUGUCCCAAGCCUCUUUCAAGGUAUCCAAAGAGGCGGAAGAUUAUUUGCGCUUCAUGAGCACAAACGAGUAUUUUUUGCCUCAACACGAACCCAACUACAAGCAGCUGGAUGCAGACCACGAUCAGCGCAUACUCUACCAACAGCAGCGUCAACAACAGCAACAACAGCAGCAACAACAGCAGCAACAACAGCAGCAACAACAACAGCAGCAGCAUUUGCAGCAACAGCAGCAACAAUUGCAGCAACAACAGCAACAUCAAAAGCCGUUGGACAACAGUGUCUCCUCAACUUAUAAUCAACCUUUGCGGGUUGCCGAUCUCUUCUACCAACAAGAUCCUGCUCCUGCGGACUCAGCUGUUGUGCGUGGCAGCUAUCAAACAGGACAAAACAUCUUCGUUGUCAAAUCAGAUGGCAACAAGUCAGUUAAGCAUAUUCUCUCCACUACACCACAGGAAGCUAAAACCACCAAGAGUCCAGCAGUUAGCUACUCCAAGGUUUGGCAGAACGCAAACUUGCAUAGAACUGAAUCUCCGCCCCUCAGAUUUGAAUUUACUGAACAUGAUGCUGUGAGAGGAAAGUCGAGCUAUACGAUUGCGCCAAAGGGCCACAAAUAUUUCUAUGACACACCAAAGCACACACAGGCCACAUCACAAGCAGUGCCCACUGUCAGCACUAUAUCCGCGAGUCUCUCACCAGUUAUUGUUCCAGAAUCCAAGGACAAUACGCGUGACCAUGAACAGCCCCUUGUAGAGUCUGCAGUAGUGCUUAAGGAAGCCGCAGAUGCUGCCCAGGAUCCCGAAGCCUAUUGUGAAAAGAUCUGCGCGAAUGUUUAUGACGAAAAUGAUGAAAUAGUGUGCGGCUCCGAUGGAUACAUGUACACAGGAGAGACUCAACUACAGUGUUACUCCUCUUGCUUGAAAAUCGAGGUGUCCAUCAAAAGUAAAGGGUCCUGCGUGUAA